AUGACUAUCUUAUCCUUCACCUUCUUCACUCUCUUCAUCCUGACCGUCGGAUCAGAUUACAAAGUGCUCGGCUUAACAACAACAACAAAGGCCUCAGGUGAGAGGUAUGUUCAGAUGCGGGCGGGUGCACCGUUCAAGAUAGCGCUGUUUGCUGACCUGCAUUAUGGGGAGGCCACGUCUACCGACCGGGGUCCACUCCAGGACGUGAACUCAACAAGAGUUAUGAACACUGUACUUGAUGAUGAAACUCCAGAAUAUUUUGGUUAUUUCUGUUUCUUUUUUGGUUUAAAACUCUACCUAACUGAUUGCAUAGCAGAUUUUCUUAUAUACCUUGGAUAUGUCAUUACGGCCAACAAUUUACCAAUUGCAAAUGCCAGCUUGUACUGGGAUCAGGCAAUCUCUCAAACAAAAUCCAGAGGUAUUCUGUUUGCCAGUGUGUUUGGAAACCAUGACGAUGAACCAUUUGAAUGGCAAAAGGAGUGGUUUCCAGCCCCUGGAAUUCCUCUACUUAUUUGCCCAGCAGUCAACUCAACACAUUCAGGAGAAGAAGCAUGUAGCUUCAGAUGCACACAGCGUAUUGAGCUGAUGAAACAUGAGAUUGAGCAUAAUGUGCCAUCUUAUUCUAGCAAUGGUCCUAAAGCGCUUUGGCCAAGUAUAUCCAACUAUGUUAUCCAAGUCUCAUCAUCAGAUGAUCCAAAGUCACCCGUAGUAUACCUGUACUUUUUAGAUUCUGGUGGCGGAUCCUAUCCACAAGUUAUCUCAAAUGCUCAAGCAGAAUGGUUCCAGAACAAAUCUGAAGAGAUCAACCCUAACUCAAGGCAUUAGAACAAAGAAUUACCUCUCUUUUUUUAAACUACUUUUCAUGGCACCUUAUUAGCAUUGACUAGAAUUAAUAGGUAACAAGGUUUAAAUAUCUAGACUCUGGUUUGUUGAUUUUAAUGGUUUGUAAGAGAGAAAAAAAUGAACAGAAAACUUGGAAACAUUGCUCCCAGCAUGGUUUGAUUAAAUAGAAAGUGAAAAAGACAGAAGGUUUAUUCUACUGAGGCAAAUAGUUGUAAUUGACAAUGCUGAGGUUUUGGUUUUCUUUUUUGAAGUACACCAAUAAGAUAUGGUGAAUAUUCUUCUUUUAUUUUUUAUUUUUUGGUUAAAUAAAUCUGUUUCCUGCAUUUUCUUAUCCAAUUUAGUGUUACCUGAUAGUGUGCCCGAGCUAAUAUUCUGGCAUAUCCCAAGUCAAGCAUAUAAUAAAGUUGCUCCACAGUUUGGAAUUCACAAGCCCUGUGUAGGCUCAAUUAACAAAGAAAAUGUUUCUUCUCAAGCAGCUGAAUUGGUUAUCAUGGAACUUCUUGUUAAAAGGCCUUCUGUCGAGGCAAUAUUUGUUGGACAUAACCAUGGAUUGGAUUGGUGCUGCCCCUAUGAGAAACUCUGGCUCUGUUUUGCUAGGCAUACUGGUUAUGGUGGCUAUGGAGACUGGCCUAGAGAAGCUAGAAUUAUAGAAAUCACUCAGCAGCCUUUCUCCUUUAGAACUUGGAUAAGGAUGGAGGACAUAUAGUACACAGCAAAGUUAUGCAUGGAAGUGCCAAUCGAUUGACGAAGCUUUUGACCAAAUGAUAGUUAUUUUGUUAUAUUAUUUUAUGUGUUUAAUUUU